AUGUCAGCAACAGCAGUCGACCACGCAGCCACCCAAGCGUCUUCCUCUACAAGCCUCGAAGCUGCAAAACGCAACCUCCAAUUCCUCUACGAUCCAAACUCACCCAACGCACCUACUCGCCGUCGCACUCGAGCUCUCCUCCGUACGCUCCGCUACAUUGGCAAAUUCCUCUUCUGGCGUCUGGUCAGAUAUGCAAAGUAUGCCGCUGUUGGUGCCAUAACCGCAGCGAUCGCUGGCACGGCGAUUGGGUCAGUGGCUUCUGGAGCUGCGUUUGUGAUUGCGCCGACAGGUAUCGUGGGUGGUGCUGGAGUGGGCUUGCUUUGGGGAUUGGGCAAGUUUGGAUGGAGGACGUUGGCGAGGAAGGUCAGGAGCGGAGAGGCGCAUGAUUCGGACGCGAGGGCGGAUGAGAAGGCCGAGGAACAAAAGACCGAGACGAUCAAACCUCCGAAGAUGGACGAGCCUUGGUGA